CGGCUUCGAGUUCCUCCGUCGCUCCCACCGGGGCCGCCCGACCGCCCGACCGCCUCCCAAUGGCGGAGCGGAGAGCUUUCGCCCAGAAAAUCAGCAGGACGGUAGCAGCCGAGGUUCGAAAGCAGAUCUCGAGCCAAUAUGGGAGCUCACCUCAGCUGCUCAAAAACCUGGCUGUGGGGGCGGGAGCUUCCCACCACUCGGUUCCCCUGACGGAGGCGGUGGAGCCUGUGGACUAUGAGGAGUAUCUGUGCACUCACCCCCCUGCGGUGGAGCCAGGGCCCCUGCGGGACCUGCUGGAGUUCCCCCGCGAUGACUUGGAGGUUAUCUACAGCCCCAGAGAGUGCCGCACCCUGGGGCAGGCCAUGCCUGAAGAGGCUGAGCUGGAUCCUCACGUCAGAGACUGUGUGAAGACCUACACUGAGGACUGGGCCAUCGUGAACCGAAAAUAUCACAAGCUCAGUACCGGCUUCAACCCCAACACACUGGACAAGCAGAAGGAGCGGCAGAAGGGGCUGCCUCGCCAGGUCUUCGAAUCGGACGAGCUCCCAGACAACAGCAGCUACCAAGAUGAUCAGGAUGAGCUGAAGCGCCGCUCGGUCUCCAUUGACGACACGCCCCGGGGCAGCUGGGCCUGCAGCAUCUUUGACCUGAAGAACUCUCUCCCGGACGCCGUCCUCCCCAACCUCCUGGACCGGCUGCCCAUCGAGGACAUCGAUCAGCAGAACGAGGAACAGAGGAAAGCAGCGCGGCACAAGGAGCUCUUCGCCCUCUACCAGGGGCCGGACGAGGAGGAACCCAUCGAGAGGCACAGCACUCCGGAGCUUCCCCACGAACACUUCGGGCAACGUCUCCUGGUCAAGUGCCUGUCGUUAAAAUUUGAAAUUGAAAUUGAGCCGAUCUUUGCCAGUCUGUCGCUGUACGACGUGAGGGAGAAGAGGAAGAUUUCAGAGAAUUUUUUCUUCGACUUGAAUUCGGAGCAGAUGAAAGGACUUCUCCGUCCGCAUGUGCCGCCGGCCGCCAUCUCCACCCUGGCGCGCUCCGCCAUCUUCUCCAUCACCUUCCCCUGCCAGGACGUCUUCCUGGUCAUUAAGCUGGAGAAGGUGCUGCAGCAAGGUGACGUGGGCGAGUGUGCGGAGCCUUACAUGAUCUUCAAGGAGUCUGACACCAACAAGAACAAGGAGAAGCUGGAGAAGCUGAAGUCGCAGGCGGAGCAGUUUUGCCAGCGGUUGGGCAAGUAUCGCAUGCCCUUCGCCUGGACCGCCAUCCACCUGAUGAACAUCGUCAACAGUGCGGGCAGCCUGGAGCGCGAGCACACCGACUCCGACAUGGCGGCCGCAGAACGAAAGGGCUCCUGGUGUGAGAGGAGGAACUCAGGGCUCGUGGGGAGGCGCUCGCUGGAGAGACCCAGCACCGGAGACGAACCCUGUAACCUGAGCAGCUUCAGGCCGGCCACACUGACAGUCACCAAUUUCUUCAAACAGGAGGGCGAUCGAUUGAGUGAUGAAGAUCUGUACAAGUUCCUUGCUGACAUGAGACGACCUUCCUCAGUGCUGCGGAGACUCCGACCCAUCACCGCACAGCUGAAGCUCGACAUUUCUCCAGCACCAGAAAAUCCCCAUUACUGUCUGACCCCAGAGCUGCUCCAGGUCAGGCCGUACCCAGACACCAGAGUGAGGCCCACACGGGAGAUCCUGGAGUUCCCAUCCAGGGACGUGUAUGUGCCCUACACCACCUACAGGAACUUGCUCUACGUCUACCCACAAAGCCUGAAUUUUGCAAAUCGCCAAGGUUCAGCGAGGAACAUCACGGUGAAAGUGCAGUUCAUGUCGGGGGAAGAUCAGAGCCACGCCAUGCAGGUAAUCUUUGGGAAGUCAAGUUGCCCAGAGUUCACCAAGGAGGCGUACACAGCAGUCAUAUACCACAACAGGUCCCCUGACUUCCACGAGGAGAUAAAGAUGCGGCUACCGGCAUCCCUGACCGACCAUCACCACGUGCUCUUCACCUUCUACCACGUGAGCUGCCAGCAGAAGCAGAACACGCUAUUGGAGACGCCCGUGGGCUACACGUGGAUCCCAAUGCUGCAGAAUGGGCGCCUCAAGACAGGACAAUUCUGUCUCCCCGUCUCCCUGGAGAAACCUCCCCAGUCCUACUCUGUAUUGUCUCCAGAGGUGCCGCUGCCUGGAAUGAAGUGGGUGGAUAAUCACAAGGGGGUGUUCAGCGUGGAGGUGCUUGCUGUCUCGGCCAUCCACACGCAGGACCCGUACCUGGAUAAAUUCUUUGCUCUGGUGCACGCGCUGGAGGAGCACAGCUUCCCUGUGAGGAUUGGGGACCUGCGUAUUCUGGAGAGUGACCUGGAGACUGAGCUGCGGAGCAGUAUCCCCGCCCUCAGCGCCGCUCAGCUCGAGCCUGUCGUCCGCUUCCUCCAUCACCUGCUCGACAAACUCGUCCUGCUGAUCGUCAGAGCCCCGCUCAUCUGUGGCCAGAUUGUAAACCUGGGACAAGUGUCGUUCGAGGCAAUGACAUCGAUUGUGAACAGGCUACACAGGAACCUGGAGGGAAGCCAGGACCAGCAUGGCAGGAACAGCCUUCUGGCGUCGUACAUCUACUAUGUCUUUCGGCUGCCCUCCACCAGCUCCAACCCCUCGUCUCCAGGUCCCGGGGGCUCCAUGCACUACGCUACGAUGGCGCGUUCAGCCACCAGGCCAGCCGGCCUCAACAUUAGCCGCUCGCGGAGCCUGAGUAACAGUAACCCUGACAUCUCCGGCACCCCCACCUCACCCGACGACGAAGUGAGGAGCAUUCUCGGGAGUAAGGCCAUGGAUCGGAGCAACCGCAUGUCAUCGCACACCGAGGGCUCCAGCUUCCUACAGGCGCUCGCUGGACGCUUGCCGACCAAGAAGCUAUUGCACGAGGAGCUGGCCCUGCAGUGGGUGGUGAGCAGUGGCAGUGUGCGGGAAUCCGCUCUGCAACAGGCAUGGUUCUUCUUCGAACUGAUGGUGAAGAGUAUGGUACAUCACCUGUACUUCUCGGACAAGCUGGACGUGCCCAGGAAAAGCCGCUUCCCCGAGAGGUUCAUGGAUGACAUUGCGGCCCUGAUCAGCACCAUCGCGGUGGAUAUUGUGACCAGAUACCAGAAGGACCUGGAACUGAUCGAGCGGCUGAACGUGAGCCUGGCUUUCUUCAUCAAUGACCUGCUCUCAGUGAUGGACCGAGGCUUUGUCUUCAGCCUCAUCAAAAGCUACUGGAAGCAGGUGUCGGCCAAGCUAUACGGGUUACAGAGCCCCAGCACACUCGUGUCCCUCCGCCUGGACUUCCUGCGCAUCAUCUGCAGCCACGAGCACUACGUUACCCUGAACCUGCCCUACAGCCUGCUGACCCCCCCGGCCUCCCCGUCUCCCUCCGUCUCCUCCGCCACCAGCCAGAGCUCCGGCUUCUCCACGGUGGUGCAGGACCAGACCAUCACCAACAUGUUUGAGCUGUCGUUGCCAUUCCGGCAGCAGCAUUACCUGGCGGGGCUGGUGCUCACACAACUGGCUCUCAUCCUGGAUCCCGAGUCCGAGGGUUUGUUUGGCUUACACAAGAAGGUAGUGAACGUAGUGCACAACCUGCUGUCCAGCCACGACUCAGACCCUCGCUACGCUGAGCCAGAGGUCAAGGCCCGCGUGGCUCUGCUCUACCUGCCCCUCAUCGGCAUCAUCAUGGAGGCUGUGCCUCAGCUGUACGAUUUCACAGAGCCACACUCUCAGCGUUGCCGGCCGAACCUGGGGUUGGCUGACGAUGGAGAGCUGGAGAGCGGGGCUGUGAUUAACCAGACGGUGGCCAUGGCCAUCGCGGGAGCCUCAGUUCCCCAGCAUUCGCGGCCCAGCAGCUUCCUGCUACCAACAGCGGCUGGCCGCCCCUGCACUAGCUUCACUGCGGAAUCAAGCCGGAGUUUGCUGAUCUGCCUGCUGUGGGUGCUGAGGAACGCUGACGUGGGGGUGCUGCACAGGUGGGUGGGGGAGCUGAGUGUCCCCCAGCUCAACCGUGUGCUGGAGCUGCUCGACCUGUGUGUCUCCUGCUUCGAGUACAAGGGGAAAAAGGCAUUUGAGCGGAUGAACAGUCUGACCUUCAAGAAAUCCAAGGACAUGAAGGCCAAGCUAGAGGAGGCCAUUCUGGGAGGGGCAGGCGCUCGGCAGGAGAUGGUGCGACGCAGCAGAGCCCAGCUCGAGCGGAGCCCGUCCGGCAAUGCGUUCGGGAGCCAGGAAAAUCUGCGCUGGAGGAAGGACAUGACGCACUGGCGACAAAAUAGCGAGAAACUCGACAAGUCCAGGGCUGAGCUGGAGCACGAAGCUCUGAUUGACGGCAACCUGGCCACAGAGGCCAACCUCAUAGUCCUGGACACCCUGGAGAUCGUCGUUCAGACGGUGUCGUUGACGGAGGCCAAGGAGAGCGUGCUGGGCGGUGUCCUCAAAGUGCUUCUCCACACCAUGGCUUGUAACCAGAGCGCCCUGUACCUGCAGCACUGCUUCGCUACUCAGAGAGCAUUAGUUUCCAAGUUCCCGGAGCUGUUGUUUGAGGAGGAGACGGAGCAGUGUGCUGACCUGUGUCUCAGGCUCCUGAGACACUGCAGCAGCAGCAUCGGCAGCAUCCGUGCCCAUGCCAGCGCCUCGCUGUACCUGCUCAUGAGACAGAACUUCGAGAUCGGCAACAGCUUUGCGAGGGUGAAGAUGCAGGUGACCAUGUCACUGUCCUCGCUGGUCGGAACCUCCCACAACUUCAACGAGGACUUCCUGCGGCGCUCGCUCAAAACCAUCCUCACCUACGCUGAGGAGGAGCUGGAGCUCCGAGACAGCACCUUCCCUGAGCAGGUCCAGGACCUGGUGUUUAACCUGCACAUGAUCCUGUCGGACACUGUGAAGAUGAAGGAGCACCAGGAGGAUCCCGAGAUGCUCAUCGACCUCAUGUACAGGAUUGCUAAAGGUUACCAGACGUCCCCGGACCUGCGGCUGACCUGGCUACAGAACAUGGCGGGAAAACACAUGGAGAAUAGUAACCGCGCCGAGGCCGCUCAGUGCCAGGUCCACGCUGCUGCCCUCGUGGCCGAGUAUCUCAGCAUGUUGGAGGAUCGCAAACACCUGCCUGUGGGCUGUGUCACCUUCCAGAACAUAUCCUUCAAUGUGCUGGAGGAGUCGGCUGUGUCUGAUGAUGUUCUGUCGCCCGAUGAGGAAGGAAUCUGCUCGGGGAAGUAUUUCACGGAGACGGGGCUGGUGGGGCUUCUGGAGCAGGCCGCGGAGCUCUUCUCCCUGGCGGGGAUGUAUGAGGCCGUCAACGAGGUUUACAAGGUUCUGAUCCCGAUCCACGAGGCCAACCGCGACGCCAAGAAGCUGGCGGCCAUUCACGGCAAACUGCAGGACGCCUUCAGCAAGAUCGUGCACCAGAGUACUGGCUGGGAGGAUGGCAAGAGAAUGUUCGGCACAUAUUUCCGAGUCGGCUUCUACGGCUCCAGACUCGGGGAUUUGGACGAACAGGAAUUUGUUUACAAGGAGCCGGCGAUAACCAAACUGGCGGAGAUUUCCCAUCGGCUGGAGGCGUUUUAUGGCGAGCGCUUCGGAGAGGACCUGGUCCAGGUCAUUAAAGAUUCCAACCCCGUGGACAAGUGUAAACUGGAUCCCAAUAAGGCUUACAUACAGAUCACCUACGUGGAGCCAUACUUUGACACGUACGAGAUGAAGGACCGCAUCACCUACUUCGACAAGAACUACAACCUGCGGCGCUUCAUGUACUGCACGCCCUUCACGCUGGAUGGCCGCGCGCACGGGGAGCUCCACGAGCAGUACAAGCGCAAGACCAUCCUCACCACCUCCCAUGCCUUCCCCUACGUCAAAACCCGCAUCAACGUGGUGCAGAAAGAGGAGAUUAUUCUGACGCCGAUCGAGGUGGCGAUUGAGGACAUGCAGAAGAAAACACAGGAGCUGGCCUUCGCCACCCACCAGGACCCGGCCGACCCCAAGAUGCUCCAGAUGGUGCUGCAGGGCUCCGUGGGUACCACAGUCAACCAGGGACCCUUGGAAGUUGCUCAGGUUUUCCUAUCUGACAUUCCCAACGAUCCUAAACUCUUCCGACACCAUAACAAGCUGCGGCUCUGCUUUAAGGACUUCACCAAACGGUGUGAGGACGCUUUGCGUAAGAACAAGAACCUAAUUGGAAACGACCAGCGAGAGUAUCAGCGGGAGCUCGAGAGGAACUACCACCGGUUGAAGGAGGCCCUGCAGCCGCUGAUCAACAGGAAAAUCCCUCAGCUCUACAAACCUCUCCUGCCCAUCACCUGCCACAGAGAUUCAUUCAGUCGAGUCAGCCUUCGCAAGGUGGAUGUCUGAGAGGUGGGCGCGUGGCUGGGGCUGCAGCUGCUGCCCAUUCAAUUGACGGCCAAAGAAGACCGAAACAAGUAUUAAACCCGUUGUGGUCCAUUCCCCCACGCUGGCUCACGCCAGGGCGGGAUAUUUCAUUGCAAUCCUUUUCACAAGGUGAAGAGGAUAAUAAUAAUCAUGGUGUCAAAUCGUCGUGUGGUACUCACCCUUCACCUAAACACUAACGGUUACAUAAACAGUCCGCGUUGUGGUUGUGUUCAGACGUGUCACUUUAACAUUGUUUUUACUCACAAGCAUUUACUCCUAAGAUUCGCUAUUUAAUCAGUUGUGUUCACAACUAUUUAUCUGCAAUAUUGUAUUAAAAGCUCUUAAUGUUAUUUACUGUUAGUUACACUAUUUAUAUGGAAUUAGAACCUUGCACAGGGUUCCCUCUGAACUGCUCGUUGUGCCUGUGGCGUUACAACAUGGUUUAUUUUUAUUUUGUGAAAGGUACGAUUAAAUAUUGGAACAACCUCA